AUGGAUCUAAAGAUUAACAAUUCUAUUUAGACUUCUUCUAUAAUAAUAAUAAUAAUAAUAAAAUAAAAUGAUUUUCAAUAUGAAAAACCUUUUAUAAUUGUUAAAAAUUAUAGAUAAAAAUAGCAAGAAGCUAAAAAAGAAUAAGCAAAAUUGAAAUAAGUGCCAAAACAAAAGGAACUAUCUAAAAAAAAUUGUACAACCUAAAAAAAUUAAUCAAACCCAACAACAUUCUCAACCAUCUAAAUCUAUUUUCUAAACUUUUCUAAUAAAAUUAACAACAAUAACUAAUAUCCUUAUAAUUUUUCCAAAAUCUAUAAAUCAAUUAAGUUACUAUUUAAGAUAAUCAUUUAAAUCAAUAUUCUCCUGUUUACUUAUAUGGUAUUCUAAAAACUCCUUAAAAUACAGCCACUUAUAGAAGUUCGAUUAGAAAUGACGAUGACUACAAAAUUUGAUUAUUGA